GCAGGGUGGGGAUACCUUUAGUAUAAAAACACCAGAUACCUUGUUCUCCAUAUCACUUACUAAAACAAAGUGCAUUUUAGGAGAACUCAUUGCACAUUGUGUAAUUGUGUAAACCUUCUAAGGAUGGCUGAUAGCAAAAUGGCUGUGUCCCAGUGGAGCCCCACAUUUGUAAAAGAGCUCCUCCCUGCUGCUCAAAAGACAGCUCUUCUCUACCAUCUCUCUUACCUGUGCCUGGCCAACUUCCCCAACCUGGAGAGGAUCAUCAGGAGUCGGGCUGUGGAAACCCAGCUUCUGUUUGGCUCCUCUGAUGCAACGAUGUUGAAAUGUAUUUUGACAAGUGAAAACCUGGUUCAGUCACUGUUUCCCAUGUUGACGAAAGCUGUGGAGAAAAAUAAGCCAGUUUCGGCAGUCAAAUUUCUUGCGAAAGCACGAGUCUGGAUCAAAGAAAUUAUCAGUGAAGUGGACAGGAUAGUGGAAAAGUAUGAUUUACACAACAAAGAUGUAGCAUCAUCCACCAGUGAUGUUAUCAAGGAAAAAAUAGAUACUGAUAAAAAGAUUACAGCGCAAGACCAUGAAAUGAAGCAGACUGAAAAUACCCUGAAUGAUCUGAAAUCAAAACUCCAAAAAACCACUGAAGAGCUUGCUGCAGUUGAGAGAAAGAUAAACAGCAAAAGCCAAGAGAUUCAAGAAUUUGCCAGAUCCAUAACCCAAAAAAGUAAAGGCCUCGGCAUCUUCGCCGCAAUCGUUCCAUUCAUCGGGCUAGUUGUGAAAAGCAUUUAUGAUGCUGUACAUGAUCCUGAAAAUGUUGCCCAUAUGAAGGCUCUUGAAGCUGAAUUGAAUAACCUCGUCGCUGAAAAGACUGCUCUGAAACAAAAGCAGUGGCAGCUCGAACUCCAGAUCAUUGAUUGGCAGAUGAAGUCUGCCAAAGCCACUUUUGACCGGAAUUCCAUACCCGACCCCAUCCAUCUAAAUGACGUACAGAGUAGCUUGUCAAAAAUUCAGGCAAUUCUAAUUCAGCUGAAAAACUUCUGGGAGAAUGUUGCUCAAAUGUUGGACUACCUGGAACAAAAGACCUUUGUUGGAGAAGAUCUUAUUGAAGACCUUGCUGAACUAAAAGAUGAAUUUCUAGAAUCAAUCAAAACAGCAGAAGAGGCUUGGAGCAUGUUUGGUGCAGGCUGUAAACAAGCAUCUGUCAUCUUCAAGCUCCAAACCAAAGAUGCCUACAAGUUUUUGGAGGUCAGUCCUUCCUCUAUCUCCAAGGAAGAGUGGCAAAAAGAAUAUGAACGUGUAAAGGAACAACUGACAAAAAUAGUUCCACCACAAAGUGUGACACCCUCUAAUACACCUGCCAUUUCUGAGUGAUCUACAUGCACAAGUACAUCAUCCCAUUUGUUUUCUGUCUCAUGAUGCUGGUGACCUGGGAUGAUAAUGUUUAGCUUUUUAAAUGCUGUACUUGUAAACUGCAGAGUUCUGUAGUCUCUUCUACUUAAUGCCUAAAACAAUCUUUAUAUAUCCUCUGCUCUGUAUGCAUAAUCUGUUUAUGAGUUCUUGCAAAAAGACUUUUGUUGAAUGCAUAAAUAAUUGGUUGAAUGGUUCUCUGAAUAAAGUUUGACAUAAUAACAUAACCAUAACAUAAUUACUGACUUUAGUUUUUGUUUAAAUAAUCUCACUUCUCAUUUUUUCUGUCCAAAGUCAUAUAUUUAACUACUUUUCAUACACUAUAAUGGUCCGUGUUACUGUAACGAGAGAGGCGACAAUUGGGGGAUCCAAAUACAGGCUUUAUUUGACAAGGCGUAGUCAUACAGGCAGGGUCCAGUAACAGCAA